GUAGCCUACUACUUCAGUCUCGUCUUUCUCCCCCUCCGUACCUGGGCAAGAGCCCGGCGUUUGGCUGAAAGGGAGGGGGUCUGGUUAUCCCACUGUGCCGCUUCUCACAUGAGCUCUUCAGAGCGGGAAGGGGAGCCGGUUUGAUCAUAAUCGGAUGGAGCUCCUGUCGUUUUUUUCCCCUUCCGGCACAAUUCUAAACGUUGAAGCAAUAAAAUUAAGACCUGUCUCCAAUGUGAGUUGAUUACUGUGGAAAAAUCAAAGAUUUGUGAGUUUUGGAAUUGGCAACUAGGAUCAAUUGGAGAACAGCAAGCAUACUACAAAUACAAUGCUGCAGCAAGCAGAAACUGACUGUGAGAGCAGAGAAAAUGAAGAUGCACAGGAGGUAGAAGAUUACAUUUCCAAAAACAGAAAGCUGGUGGGGAAAGACUAUUGUACCCAAGAGUUGCGGGAGGAGACUCCAGGGAGAGAAGAAACACGUAUUGACCCACCUGAUGGCCAGCAAGACUCAGAAAAUGAGAAAAACAAAGAAAAAACUUUAGGAAAAGAAGUAUUGUUACUUAUGCAAGCUUUAAACACACUUGCUACUCCAGAAGAAAAACUAGCAGCACUCUGCAAGAAAUAUGCUGAUCUGCUAGAGGAGAGCCGAAAUGUUCAGAGACAAAUGAAGAUGCUGCAAAAGAAACAAGCACAGGUUGUAAAAGAGAAAGUGCACCUGCAAAGUGAACAUAGCAAAGCAAUUCUUGCACGUAGCAAACUGGAAUCUCUGUGUCGAGAAUUACAACGGCAUAAUAAGACUCUCAAGGAAGAAAAUAUGCAACAAGCCCGUGAAGAGGAAGAAAGACGUAAAGAAGCAACAGUACAUUUCCAGAUUACGUUAAAUGAAAUUCAGGCACAGCUAGAACAGCAUGGUGUACACAAUGCAAAACUCCGCCAAGAAAAUAUUGAACUAGGGGAAAAACUGAAGAAACUUGUGGAACAGUAUGCACUUCGAGAAGAACAUAUGGAUAAAGUCUUCAAGCAUAAAGAACUUCAACAACAACUGGUGGAUGCCAAGCUUCAGCAGACUACACAACUUAUAAAAGAAGCUGAAGAAAAACAUCAGAGGGAGAAAGAUUUUCUGUUAAAAGAAGCUACCGAAUCUAGACACAAAUGUGAACAGAUGAAGCAGCAAGAAGCCCAAUUAAAACAGCAGCUUUCUCUUUACAUGGAUAAAUUUGAGGAAUUCCAGACAACUAUGGCAAAAAGUAAUGAACUUUUCACAACUUUCAGACAAGAAAUGGAAAAGAUGACCAAAAAAAUAAAAAAACUGGAAAAAGAAAUAGUCGUGUGGCGUACAAAAUGGGAAAACAACAACAAGGCUCUCUUGCAAAUGGCUGAAGAAAAGACAAUUAAAGACAAAGAAUACAAAGGUUUCCAAAUAAAACUGGAGCGUUUGGAAAAGCUAUGUAGAGCUCUUCAAACAGAAAGAAAUGAGUUAAACGAGAAGGUGGAAAUUCUUAAAGAACAGGUUUCUUCAAGAGAAGCAGAUGUGGAUCUAGCUAUACCUAUAUUGCAAUCAUGCAUGCUCAACUCUCAUGAGAAGCUGGAAAUUUCUAUUAAUAAAGAACAAGAAGGAAUCCAACCAGAUAUCGAAACAAGAGUGGCAAACAAAGGCUCUGAAAAGACUGUCAAUUUGGUUUCCAUUCCUACCACAGAUUUUGUUGAUUAAAAUAUAAACACUGUAUUAAGAGAUAUAUUUUGUGUAUAACUUUAACUGGUGGUGGUAACUAUUAGUUUUGUGGUGAAAAUUUUCUUACUUUUUCUACCAUAUCUGUAUUUUCUUAAAACAGAACAGAAUUUGCCUGGUACAGGAAGCUGCAUAGCAGCUUUGAAUAGCUUAUCUAUAAAAAGAAUCCACAACUGUAUUGCACAUUUGCAUUUUUUUUUUACAAAAGAACCCCACUAAGGAUGCAUGCAGUGUUUUCUUCUUAUCCAGUAAUGCAUUACUGUAUCAUCUAAGACCCACAUAAUUUUGUCAUCAUGUUAAGGGAACAACUUUGAUCAGUGUUUGAUUGAACUUAAAUCUGUGUAGUAAAUUAAAAUUUAAAGAUGAGGUGAGAUUACCAAGCAGUCCAGUAAAAUACAAUUUGGUGUGUGACUGGCCAUACUGAUAAGAAAAAUCUUACAGGGUUUAGUGUAGCUGCUAACUUGCCUACAACUAUGCUUUAACUUUGCAACUGGAAAAACAGGGUGUACAAUUCAUAUUUCUCAGGAUUGUCUGAUAGUCAGUAUAAAUUAAAUAACUGUUGUCAUUUCUGUUAUAUUGAAGGAAUUAAGGCAGAAAACAAACUCUGGAUAAUUUGUCUAAAUAGCCACUAACUUAAAUCUGGAUGUAUUUUGAAUGCACUACUUUUGUCGCAAUGUUUUUUUUAAAAAUGAGCUGUAAUAUAAAAACUACUGUCAUCGUUGCAGCUUAUUAAAUGCAACAAGAUUUUAGUUAGUGGUUGCUAGAUCAAAAUAUAUAAUCUAUGGAGGCAGGGUUUUCUGGGAAUUCUUUUGAUUUGAUCCUACUUAUUAGUGUGAAAUAGUGAACAUAUAUAAAUGCAUCAUCACUUAAGAAUGCAGUGAACCACACUCAGUACGGGAAAUCCUAAAGUGUAUAUUUCACAGGAUACACAUUCUUAUAAAAACUGGUCUGUCCAUGAUAAAGUGUAUAAAUUAUAUAAUUUAUCUAAUCCAAAAUACAGGAAAACAUUCUGGUCUCAAACAUUACUUUUGUAAAAUGAAAAAUUUUACUAGACAAACAUAUACAUAAAUGGAAGUGCCUUCUGAUAUCUAAGUUACCUGGAAUUGGCACUUCAGUAUUUAUGUUGCUAAUAAAUGCACAGCAUACAAGACUCCACUUUUUGUACUAUGGUUAGAAUUAUGAAUGUAGGUCAGUUGCAAAAGUUUAUGUAUCUCCCAUGAUCUGAUUUUUUUUUAAAGAAAAGAGGGACCAAAAGAGUGCUGCUAGGUUACAAGCUGCUGUUAACUCUGCCUACAUGUAUCAGCUUUCUAGUUCUAUUUGGAGAAAUGUAAAAAAUACUGAAUUCUGGUACCUAGUUUAGAUUCACUUUCUUGAAGCUUUUCUUAUUUAAGCACAUUAUUGAUAAAUUCUCUCUUUAUCUGCUUGUGUACUCUUCUUACAGUUUAGUUGCAAAUUAUUUGAAUUUGAGCUUUACUGAUGUAUUAGCCUUUUUACCUAUUACAAUAUACAAUAUCCUAAUUGAAAGAAAGAUUGAAGAACACUUUUGGGAUAUUUAUACUUUUAAGCAAAAACAAUUGACAUUAAUAGUAGACUUGGAAAGUCCUGAAUUGGAAA